ACAGAAAUAUUUGGAUAAAAGAGCAGUGUGAGAAUCAAUUCCCGAACAUUGGUCGGAAAUUGAUAACCCAGGAGAAUAGCAUACGACGUGGUCGAGAACUGAUAACUGCGUUGCUUGAUUUGGGGCGUUCUCCAUUCUUGGAAUUGGGAAAGUGGUUACCUGGUGAAGAAUGGAUCCUCGUCUCUGGCACAAAGUCGCUGCUAUUUCUGGAGUAGCUGCUCUUGGGUUGGGGACUUAUGGUGCUCAUGCCUUCAAACCCAAAAAUCCCACUUACAAAGAGGUUUGGCACACGGCAUCUCUCUACCACUUGGUUCACACAGCUGCUUUGGUUGCUGCUCCUGUCACCCAACGCCCCAAUAUUUUUGGAGGCCUUUUGACUACUGGAAUUGUGGCAUUCUCAGGGACGUGUUAUGCUGUGGCAUUGCUUGAGGACAGAAAGUACUCCACCUUAGCUCCGUUUGGUGGUUUUGCGUUUGUUGCUGCUUGGGCAAGCUUGCUUUUCUGAGAUUUCAAUCUGGAGAGUAGAAUGAGUUCCAUUUGAAAACUCCGGGAAGUGGAACUCAUGUGUAACUCUGCCCUUUGUAAUUCGUUCCUUUAUAAAGACAUACUCCUAACUAUCGGGAUUUCACCCAGGAUAUAAGUAUUUGACUUUUAGAAAAUUUAUAUUCUGAUAUUAUAGGUAACAUUUGACUAA